AGGGCGCGCCAAGAUGGCGGGGGUGCCGGCGGUGCGCAUCAGCAUCGAGUCGGCGUGCGAGAAGCAGGUGCAGGAGGUGGGGCUGGAUGGCAGCGAGACCUACCUGCAGCCGCUCUCCAUGUCCCAGAACCUGGCGCGCCUGGCGCAGCGCAUCGACUUCAGCCAGGGCUCCGGCUCCGAGGAGGACGAGCCGGGCUCGGCGGGCCGCGCCUGGGGCGAGCCGGGCGAGGCGGAGGAUGAGGAAGGAUUGGUAAAGUUUCAGCCAUCCCUCUGGCCUUGGGAUUCAGUGAGGAACAACUUAAGAAGUGCCUUGACUGAGAUGUGUGUGCUUUAUGAUGUCCUCAGCAUUGUCAAGGAUAAAAAAUUCAUGACUCUAGAUCCAGUUGUACAAGAUCCCCUUCCUCCAAAGCAGAAUCCUCAGUUUUUACAGUUAAUUUCAAAAAAGAAGUCAUUAGCAGGAGCGGCCCAAAUCCUGUUGAAAGGAGCAGAAAGAUUAUCCAAAUCAGUUGCAGAAAACCAGGAAAAUAAACGACAAAGAGACUUCAACUCUGAACUGCUAAGGCUGAGACAACACUGGAAGCUCAGAAAAGUGGGAGACAAAAUUCUUGGUGACCUCAGCUACAGAAGUGCAGGUUCCCUUUUUCUUCAUCAUGGCACCUUCGAGGUGAUAAAGAACACUGACAUUGACCUGGAUAAAAAGAUACCUGAGGAUUACUGUCCUCUGGAUGUUCAAAUACCAAGUGAUUUGGAGGGAUCAGCCUAUAUAAAGGUUUCUAUUCAGAAACAAGCUCCAGACAUUGGUGAUCUUGGGACAGUUAAUCUCUUUAAAAGACCUAUGCCAAAAUCAAAACCAGGUUCUCCACACUGGCAGACAAAAUUGGAGACUGCACAGAAUGUUCUCUUAUGUAAAGAAAUUUUUGCCCAGCUGUCUCGAGAAGCUGUUCAAAUUAAAUCGCAAAUUCCUCACAUUGUUGUGAAGAAUCAGAUCAUCUCCCAGCCUUUCCCAGGUUUGCAGUUGUCUAUUUCUCUGUGUCACUCUUCCAAUGACAAAAAAUCACAAAAAUCUGCUUCUGAAAAACAGAAUCCAGAAGAUCAUCUCUAUGUUCUGGAACAUAAUUUGCAUCAGCUUAUCAGAGAGUGUCACAAGCAAACUCUGAGCUCAACAGUGAUGCCACAUCCAGCUAGUGCACCUUUUGGCCAUAAGAGAAUGCGACUGGCAGGGCCCCAGGCGUUUGAUAAAAACGAUAUCAGCUCUUUACAGUCCAAUGAAGGACUUCUGGAAAAGAUAAUAAAACAGGCAAAACAUAUUUUUUUGAGACGCAGAACUGCUCGAACCAUUGACAGUCUGGCCAGUCGUAUUGAAGAUCCUCAGAUUCAGGCUCACUGGUCAAAUAUAAAUGAUGUUUAUGAAUCCAGUGUUAAAGUUCUAAUAACUUCUCAGGGAUAUGAGCAGAUAUGCAAAUCCAUUCAGCUACAACUGAACAUUGGAGUUGAACACAUCAGAGUAGUGCAUAGAGAUGGAAGAGUUAUUACAUUGUCCCAUCAAGAGCAAGAACUGCAGGAUUUCCUUUUAUCUCAGAUGUCACAGCAUCAAGUACAUGCAGUUCAACAGUUGGCAAAAGUUAUGGGAUGGCAUGUGCUGAGUUUCAGUAAUCACGUUGGACUGGGGCCAGUGGAGAGUAUUGGCAAUGCAUCAGCAAUAACUGUAGCAUCACCGAAUGGAGACUAUGCCAUUUCAGUGCGUAAUGGUCCUGAAAGUGGUAGCAAAGUUAUGGUUCAGUUUCCACGGAGUCAGUGCAAGGAUCUUCCCAAAGGUGAUGUACUGCAAGACAACAAGUGGAAUCAUCUUCGGGGGCCGUUCAAGGAAGUGCAGUGGAAUAAAAUGGAAGGACGCAACUUUGUGUAUAAAAUGGAACUCCUCAUGGCUGCCCUAACUCCAUGCUAAUAAUCCAUCAGCUUCUCCAUAGAGGCUUUACGUUUUCACUGCUGUGUGAAGGAUCACUGUCAGCUCAAUAAAAGGAAGUGGAACUUACAGGGCAAUACAAGAAAGAGAAAACAAAUUAAUUUCCUGUACAGCUAUGUCCAUUGUAAUGUUUAUAAUAAAAUGUUCUCACUGACAUACGAAA